GUUCAUGACGUAGUGCAAAAAGGCCAAUUUUCUGGCAAUUUUCUCCGACUUUACGGCUCAAACGGGACCUUGUGAGCCACCCCCGGGAUUUUUUGGCUAUCUGAACUGUGGCAGAAAAGGGCAUCGUCAUUAAAUAUUAAGAGAGAGGAGAUCCUGACAUUGCGAGCCUCCUUAUCAAUGCAAAUAGCUCUUUUGUGUGCAGUCACAGCGCCUGUCUGGGAGCUGAGCUGAAUUUUUAAUUAUGUGUGACUGAAACAAACUGUGACAAGGACCUUUCUAAGAGCCGGGGAUUACGGAAAAUAAGCUGCAUUUAAGCGGAUGAGAGGAAGACAGUGACUGGUGGUGGUGCAGCCAGCCAUGACCUCCCAGGAUCUGCCUGCCAAAGAUGCCCCACUCACUGUCAACGAGCAGCCAUUUAAAACCUGCACUUUGAAAUUCCCUGCCAAAGACAACCAGGUCAUUGUGAUGUCCGGCCAUGAGACCAUUCGUGUGCUGGAGGUGGAGGUCGACGCGUCCCUGCCGGCGUCCGUGCCCGACGUGAAGAGCGAAGGCAAGGCAGGUGAGGGCGUGGCUCAGACCGCAGAGCGGCCCGACGCCGGCAGCGCCCAGGACAGCCCCGCCGCGCCACCCGACACGGGGGCAGCAGUGCAGGGCGAGCAGCAGGUGGUGUCUGUGGAGGCUCCGGCGCCCGCCGUCCAAACGCUGACUCCAGCUGUUCCCAUCAGUGUUUCCCUGCCCCAGCCCCAGGCGGCCAUGCCAAUCACUGUGCAGGGCUGUCCGCAGGUACUGACCCAGGAGAGCCUGGCCACCCUGAUGACCGGGAUGAUGGCCCAGACCGGCUCGCUCGGCCAGCCGCUGCUCAUCCCGCUCAGCAUGGCGGGCUCCAUCGGCGGCCAGGGCGGCUUGGCGGUCCUCACCCUUCCCACCACCAACGUGGCGACUCUCCCCGGUCUGGCGGCGGCUGCUAACCCCGCGGGCAGCCUCCUCAAACUGCCUUUUGCUGGCCUUCAAGCUGCAACCUUCCUGAACUCGGUCCAGCCUCAACUCCAGACCAGCGCGCAGACGGUGCUGCAGCCGGUGCAGGCGGCCGCCGUGCAGCAGGUGCAGACUCAGCCGGCGCAGGUCGGCAGCACCGCCGCGCAGACCGCCGGCCAGAUCGCCGGCCAGGUGGCGGCAACCCAGGCAACGUGUGUCACCACCUCCGCCUCGCAGACCAACAUACCCCUGGCAGCGCUGCAGACUGCAGGACUGUCCAUCAACCCCGCUAUUAUCAACGCCGCGUCUUUGGGAGCGCAGCCCCAGUUCCUCAGUUCCCUUACGUCCACUCCCAUCAUCAGCAGCGCCAUGUCCAGCAUGGCUGGCAUCACCAGCCAGAUCAUCACCAACGCACAGGGACAGGUCAUAGGAACCCUCCCGCUCCUGGUGAACCCGGCCUCGCUGGCCGGGGGGGCCGCCACGCCCACCCUGCCCCUCCAGGGUCUGCAGGUGCAGGCGGUCGCCCCGCAGCUGCUGCUCAACACCCAGGGUCAGCUCAUCGCCACGGUGGGCAACGGGCCCGCUGCCGUGGCGUCUUCCGCCGCAGUCCUGCCUAAAGCCACGGCGCCUUCGACCCCCUCCAAGCCCGCUCCGCCGGCGGCGUUAACAAAUGUCACCCAGUCUCCCGUUGUCAUUGCGCCGCAGCCGUCGGUGCUGAAGACCGCCACCACGCUGGCCUCCGCGGUGCCCAUCACCUGUGGCGACCUCGCCAAAGUGGGCCAGCUCGUCAGCAAGCCGCAGCAGCCAGUCAGCAGCGAGGAAGGCAUUAAUCUGGAGGAAAUUCGAGAGUUCGCCAAGAAUUUCAAGAUCCGACGGCUGUCCUUGGGGCUUACCCAGACGCAAGUAGGGCAGGCUCUGACUGCGACUGAGGGCCCGGCCUACAGCCAGUCAGCUAUCUGCAGGUUUGAGAAGCUGGAUAUUACCCCGAAGAGUGCUCAGAAGCUGAAGCCGGUGCUGGAGAAGUGGCUGGCCGAAGCGGAACACUGGAACCAGAAAGGUCAGCAGAAUCUGAUGGAGUUCGUCGGCGGCGAGCCGUCGAAGAAACGCAAGCGGCGCACCAGUUUCACGCCGCAGGCCAUCGAGGUCCUCAACUCCUACUUUGAGAAGAACGCUCUGCCGACGGGCCAGGAGAUCACGGAGAUCGCCCGGGAGCUGAACUACGACCGGGAGGUGGUGAGAGUUUGGUUCUGCAACCGGCGGCAGACGCUGAAGAACACAAGCAAGAUCAAUGUCUUCCAGGUUUAGUAGCAAUUUCAUUAAGGAAGAAUUAACAUAUAACUUUUUGUUUCUCAUUACAAUGUUUUUUUAUUUGUUUCUUAUCAGAAUUGGGACAUAUAAUACAGCAGCAUAAAUGAGGAUUGUUGUAAAAGUGACUUCAUUAAGACUUAAAAAAAAAACUUUUAUGAGGAAAAUGAAGGAAAUUACUGAAAUGAGAGAGUACUAAAACUGCUCAAUCCUCCUAAUACCAGUGAUAAUAAUACAGUCAUAACAUGUCAUAUUUAAACACAUUUUAACUUUUAUACAAGAGGUUUUAUAUGAGAAAUGGUUGCAGAUUAAGUCACAUUAAUUUUACUUUGUGACAACGGCUGAAAAUUGAAUCGUGUGCUUUGACCAGACAAGACAGUGUGAUUUAAAGCUGUUCUUUUUUUAAUGUGCAUAGAAAUUUGUCCUGCAUGAGAAGCUCUGCAUACUGAUGAUUCUGAUAACCUGGAAUCUGUUUAAAAAAAUUAUAAUGAUUACAAGAAAAACACACAUUCAUUAUCAAGUGAGUCAUCUGUAUAACAAGCAUUCAUUUUUAUUUCACUGACUACAAGCUUAAGAAUUGAGGGACAAUCGUUAAAGUUAUAUUUAUUAGUUGAUAAUCGUGAAGCUGAGUAUAAACAUUGUAGCAUCGGGGUGUCAAACACGUGGCCCGUGGGCUGAAACUGGCCUGCAGAGUCAUUUACAAAGACGGUAUGAGCUGGAAUUUAUCAAUGAAAGCGACUGCUGUUCACAGAUAGAUAUAUAUGAAAGACAGAUACUGUAUCGAUCCAGUUGAAGUUGAAUAAAACGUUACCGUUUGCGGAAAACCAAGAGGAAAAACUGGAGUUGAGAUUAUUUAAAGGUUGUUAUGCCAUCAUUGGAUUUGUCCGACUGAGUUUCGAUCCAGUAUGUGUUUGACACCCCGAUUCUUACCCACUUCUAGCUUUACUGUGGAGAAGAACCUGCUUUCGCUGGAAGUCCAGACUUUAGUCUUAAUAAGGUGAUUCAGUUCCAGUUCAUUAAAGAGUAGAAACGGUCAGAAGUGCAGGAUAAAAUCCACCCGCUGACGGACUGACCGUCACCCGUUUGAAAAGGAGUCAUUUAAAAUAUGGACAAGAGAAAACUGAAAUAGCUUCAGCUAUUGACUUUGGUGCUGCAUUCGUGCAACUAUUUGAGAUUUUUAUAAAGAUCGGUUUAUUUGAAAAACUGACACAUGUGAAUCCCCUACAGUCUGUUCGGUUUUAUACAUUCUCUUAUUCAUGUGCUACUCUGUGUUACUCUGAGAGUAUUUUUUGUUUUGUUGUUGUUGUUGUCUUUGUUUGCUGCUUUGACUGUACCCUCAAUGGCCUGACAAUACUUCUGCUGCCAUUUUUUUUUCUUCUUCAGUUAAAGUUUGAAAGACAGGAGCCUGAAAGGCCUUUUAUGAAGUCAGUUAUUGCCUGAAACAUUGUCAAUGUUUUAAGAUUCACUCUCUGAGUUGAAAAAUCUAAUGAACGACAUUAAAAAUGUAUCAAGUGUUGAGCUAAGGAAGGAGAUUUGUGGAUUACUAUUUUAUGAAUGUAAUCCCGAAUCAUUUUAAGAAAAAGUUUGCAUUUGCAGUAUGAAGUUACUUUCUGAAGACAAAAUCUUAUAAAGCUGUCAAUAUUUCAAGGGUCGUUUGCACUUUAUUGAAAGGAGGGAAAGUGAAGGUUUUAUUACAGCUGGUUUACAUGAAGUUGAAUUUUCAGUUUUGUCUGAAAGUUGAAUAUUUGUAUUUUACAUUUCUGAGCAAAAGGAACUUUGCAAAAUGUAGCAGCACAAGAAAAAUCACAAUUAUCAACCUGACAAGCAACAAAUUAUCUGACUUUUUAUGCAGCUAUAAUGUAAAAUACUGCAGAAUAUAAGUGCUAAUAUACAUUAAUCAUAAAUUUAACAAUGUCUUUGUGUUACUGAGUUACGCUCCGGUACAUAUCGCUUGUACGAUACAUAUGAUCCACUUUGUUAUUGCCUUUUGAACGAUAGGCCUAUAUUAUGAGAUGUACCUUAAUAUCAAAAUAACAUUGCAACAUCUUUACCUUCAUUUUUAUCAUGGGCAGAUAAUAUAUAAUACUACUUAGUGUACUUGGUCACCCAAUAAAGCUGAAGAUAAUUUAGUUUAACAAGAUAAAGGCAAAUAUUCAUUUGACUCUACAAAACAGUUCUCAGUUGAAAGAGAGAAGAAUAACAGGCGAAUGCUUUUUAUUUGUCAUUUUCU